AUGUCCACGACGAUUCGUUUGCGGCUCGUCAUCCGCAGACAUGCAGUCCCUGAGGUCAAGCUCGUCUGGCCCUGCGUCGCAAACGACGAUUUGACUGUGGCUAGGUUCCUAGCGCUGGUCAACGAGGUAGUACCGCUUGAGAGUGGAGAUUGGGGUCUUGAGGACUACGUUGUCGAGCUGUAUGAUGGCAAGGGCGAUAGUUUCGAGCUGCUACAUUUUCAGCCCGUCGGCAAAGUUUUGAAGGAGGAUGACCAAGUUUUAAUAAGAUCACUUUCUACCGACGAUUUAAGACGAAGAAGACUCAGCGGCCGACACCAAAUAUCCUACGAUGGAAAGCAUCUUAUCGAUGGACUUGCUUUUGGAAGGCCGUGGUUAAGGGCGCCACGCGAUCGUCCGGCACUUGACCUGCCCCCUCGAAAGCGAGCACGUAUUACACACGACGAAGAGCUCGACGAAGAUGACGACGGUUCAUAUGCGGACGAAGAAGACCAAUCAGAGCAGCUUUUGCUUGAAGACUCCGUACCCCCUGAAAUGGAAGAACCCGGCAGCGUUCGUUUAAGAGCAAGAUUCGUGGACAGCGAUCAACUCGAAGAAGAGGACGAGGAUGCAGACUUUGACGACGAAAACUAUAUCCAACCUACAGAAGAGGUUCACGCAGAGCCUGUGGUCGACGACGAGGAUGAGGACGUCGCUGGAAGUAGCGAUGAGGAGGACUUGGAUGCGGAUCUCUCUGACGAGCUAAGACUUCUACAAGAAGACAAUGCUAUUGUUGAGCAAACGCCUGCGAAGGAACAAGAAACUCUUCUUUCGGGGGACAGCAGCCAAGAUCCACAAGCACUUCUGCCUAUACAUGGAUUUGACGUUUCGUGGCUCGACAAGAUCACUGCACUGCGAGCUGCAUUUCCGCUGACACCAGUGUCUACGCUGCAAGAUGAAAUGAACCGAAAUAAAGAUCUGCGACAAACAUACGAAAACCUGUCCAGAACCAACAAGCCAGUGAUCAGUUACGAUGAAGCGCUUGAACGAGUUCUUCUAGGCCCCGGGUUCUCAGAUGCGCCGUCACUCGACCAGCCUAGCGAGGAUGAAGAAGACCCAGAAGAUCGAGUACUACUCCUCCCUGGUCAAGCGGAGACUAAGGACGCAACACGGCCAUUGAUCCAAGAGGUGGAAGAUGAGCCAGCGCCGCCGAGUACGUCCAGCAGGUUACAGAACGAGACACCGAGACCUCUAAUCAGCGAGGUCCCCGAGGCAGAGGAUGUUGCAUCGAGCUCCAGCAGUAGUUCGGAUUCUGACUCCGAAUCCGACUCUGACUCUGAUGUGGAUAUGGAGGAGAAAUCGGAUUCAGAUUCGGAUAGUGAUUCCGAUGAUUCGGACGACGAUUCAAGUGAUGGCUCCGAUGUCCCGGCCUUGACGCCUUCACGGCCAGUCAACAUCACCCAAGACUCUGAAGACUCCGACUUGAGUGACUCUGAUUCGGAUUCAGACUCUAGUUCCGAUUCGAGCAAGGCUGCUGGGGCUACCAAAGACUCCGCUGAAAGUGACUCGAAUGACAGCAGCGACAGUUCAAGCGACUCAGGCUCCAGCUCGAGUGAAUCCGAUUCGGAAUCGGAGCCCGAGGAGAUUUCCUCGAAAAAGCAGCCUCAAACGAAGCAACUGCAAGCUUCAGCAAACACUGAGCCCAAGACUAAUGGCCAAACUGUCAAAGCAGCCCUAGAACCCGCCCAAGGGCCGAAGCCGCCCGGAACUGGGCUGGCGAAGACGCAGAAGAGAAAUGCCCGGAAACGAGACGCCAAGAGACUCAGGGCGAUGCAGGCCUUAGAGGAUACGCAAUCUCAGGCAUCUGUCAAUGGGACUGCAAGCGAGGAAGCUGAGCUCAUGGCUCGAAAGCGGGCGCUUCUGAGUGCCGUCAGUGAUGAGCAAGAGGAUGACCCAAGCCCACCCAAGGACGCGCUAACCAAGGAGCCCAGACCCAUGAUAGUCGAAGUUGAGGAAGCACCAGCCGUCACGACGAGCCAAGAUGUAGCUCCGACUGAAGAAGCACCUGCCCCGACUCAACGCCGUCACAAAGUUGACAUGGGAGCUGGCCGCCGACUUCUCCUUGGUGCUCUGGGACUGAAGAAUCCAAGGACCAAGGCGGAUGAAGACAAGCUUCGCGACAGUUUGAUGAAGAAUGUGAAGCCUCUGCGAAAUCCUCGAGUUCAGGCUGAAGAAGCCAAGGCCAACGAUGACAAACCAGCGGAAGAGCAACCGGACGAGGACCCUGAAGCAUGGCGAAAGAAGAUCUCGUACAGGGCUGUCGAAUGCUGUCAUGAUGACAUUGUUUUGAGUGAGCCGCCAUUCCCAUUUGUGCAAAGAUGGGACCCCCAGCAACAAUAUGGAUCAAUGAGGAAGCGAAAGAGAGCAUCACAAAAUUUCAACGACGAGAGCUGCUACGAAGAGGAUUCUCAACAAUGGAAUGGUGAUGAAGAGUGGAACGACAACAGUCAAAGGAAGAAGAAGAAAAAGAAUAAGAAGCGAAAAAACAAGGGCGGCUUUGAUGGAGAAUACGACGAAGAGGAGUCACACGAGGGUUCUUUUGGUGGCACAGGAGCCAACGGUGAUGAAGAUAUUGUGCUGAAUUAUGAUGACAUCCCAACCAAGCAUCGCCCCGAAGAGAGUCAGUUUACAGACACAGAUGAUCUCCCUUCGCUGCCCUCAGAUAUCAGUACGCUCCCCAGUCUUGCGCUGUCCGACAUGAAGCCAGGUAUGGUUGCCACCUGGAAGCAGUUACUCAUGUCCAAGGCGACCAACUGGCAACCUGAAAUGGUAUCCAUGACCGGGCUUAUCCUUUCGAUCAGUGAGGACAACUGCAUGCAUGUCCUUCUAGCGAAGAGGGACAGAGAGGGAAACGAUAAAGAAUACGACGAAUACACAGGCCAACGGAUCUAUGCAAAAUUCGAAGCACCAGAUCUUGACGAAGACGAAGAGGACGACGGUCGGAGAGAUAUUCUCUGGGCAGAAAUGUCCGACCCGAGGCUGGUCCAGCCAGCACCGCCAUCCGCUAUGCUGGAGACCUCUGCUAAGAGCAUAAAGCUUCAGGCCGAACAGAACAAACCCGUACAGAAUGAAAAUUCCACGACGGACAACAAGGUUAGCACGAGAACAGAUCCCGAUGAGACUAUGGCUGAGGAGUUAGAUACGCAGAAAGUGAGAGCCGAGGUGGAGGCCGAUUUGAAGGAACAGGAAACUGAAGGGAAGCCCUCAGGAACCGACAAGUCAACCUCGAUCCCUUCUGGCCAACAGCCGCCACGGCUUGAGUUUACGGCUUCCAGAGAUGACAGUCCGAUCAGCAGUUUUGUUCAGACUGCUGGGUUGUGGAGUAAUUUUGACAGUCCUAUCCACCAACUACAGGAGUCUAUGCAAGCAUCCACGUCCCAGUUGCAAUCUCUUUUGUCGCGUGAUUCAGAUAAGGGUAAAAAAGAUAAUGGGGAGGAAGAGAAACCAGAUAUUGAUGAGUCGGAUGGAGCGAAAGAUGCAAGGGAUUCUGAAGGAGAGCCGGUACCGACAGUCGAAGGUAGCUGGGACGCAGUUAUUCCUGAUACUAUACCCUCACCAGGCCUGCCACCACUGCCGACAAAGGAUAACGCACUUAUUGACCACCGUCUGCUGGUGGUACCCUCAUCUGCGGGUAGCGUUCGCAGUGGGCGGCAACCCCCAUCAGUCAGCGGUCUUGAAGACCUGCCAGAGGAACGAGUUGAAGAUUCAGUCGAGGCGGGUAUAGUUGAUGGUCCUCACAGGAGAACCAUGAGCCCUCAAGUGACGAACGAGUCCCGCCCAAGAAGCAGCAGUCCAUUUCCCUCACUGGAGGAAAUCUUUCAUACAGCAAGGCAGACACAAAGUCCUCUGAAGUUCAGUCAGAUGUCAGUGCCCCGGUUCAUAAAGCCCGAAAAGAAAGAUGGGGGUUAUGAAGAGGCGAUGAGGAAGUUGGACGAAGGCGAGGAGUCUGAUCGUUCACCUGAUUGCAACAAAUCUUUACGGAAUAGUCCCUUAAUACGAUCGUUCAAGAGCCAGGGAUCCAAGACUGAAGACCCAGAGCCUAAGCAUGUCGCGACACCACCGACAUCUCAGAAAGUGAAGCAAGAAUCACAGUUCAUCAUCCCAGAGGGCAGCCAGGUUAUCGAACUGAGCUCUAGUCCACCAUCAGUGCAGUAUACCGAGGACUACGCCCAAGACAGCGAGGAUGAGACUUAUCAGGAUUCUCCAUUGCCACAGGAUUCAGGUUGGGUGCAGAAGAAACACAGUGAAGUCAAUACGCGAAGUCGAGGGAAGAGUCUACCCGCGACGGAUGCCAAGAAGACAACAACUGUACAAAGCCGAACUACACAUGGACAGACAUCCGCUCCUCUGGCUCGGGAGGUGUUGACGAGUGCUUACAGUUAG